AUGCUAUAUUUCUUUAUAGGAUUGUUAGCUUUCGGAGUAUUAAUUACCCACAUUAUGUCUUUUAAAUGGUUUUAAACUAACUAUGAAAAUAAUUACCAUAAAGUAAUAGAUCUUUGGUUGAAAGACCCAUUUGAGUAACUUUAUUUAAAAGAUAUCAACUAAGAAUGCCUUUUAGAUAUAUUUAACUUGCAAUUUCAGUAUCCAGGAAACUCUGGAUUAUGUACUUGUGUUCUAGAUGAAACCUAAUAUGGAUAAAAUACUAAUAAGGUAAAUAAUAGUAAUAAUAAUCAUCAUCAGAGAAUAUUAUAAGUUUAUAUCGAUGAUUGCACUAAGAUUAGUUGUAAUUCAAUCUAAGUUUCCAAACAAGUUAUUAAACCAAUAAAUAGUGUAAAUUUAAAUUAUUUCUUUAUUAAUCAAGCUAAUAAUGCUGCUGAAAAGCUUUGCGGGCUAAGAAUUCCUAGAUACUCAUUUGCCUUAAAAGCUCCUUUAUAAAAUUAAUGUGAGAGCUAUGAAAAAUAUUGUGAUUUUAAUACUACAAACAAAGAUACAUUUGAUCUUGAUUAAGGGUACUGCAUUCCUAAAGAUAAAGAAUGUUAAAUUUAAGGAGUCAAUCUGGGAGGUUAUACUCAAUCAGUUGUUGAUUAGCUCCCUAUAGUUGAUAUCAGUAUAUCUACCAAAUAAAAAAUUGAAGCUUACAAUGUAAAUGUUUAUAGCACAAUAUACGCAAAAACCUUACUGAACAUGAAUAAUAUAACAUAUGAUUCUCACUAUCAAAAUUUUCUUACUGAAUAAUUUUAAAUUAAUAUUAGUCAUAUGCCAAGAGUUAAGCUUAGAUGUAGAUAAGAACUAUAGUAGAAUCUUAAAUAUUAUAUAGGUCCAGAAAGUACUUUCAAAAUCAGUUUAGUUCUUCUUAUUUUUUCAGUCCUUUCUUGGAUAAUUAACUUUUUUUAUGCUGGGAUAGGAGAUUUAUUUGAUAUGAAUUUGUGCUUAUCUAAUUGUAAAGAAUACUUUGAAGAAAAGAGAGUAUAAAAAAAAUAUUCAACCUUCAAGAAUUUUUUGAUUAUUUUGAAACCUAUUUUGCUCAUAAUAAUAAUGAUAUUAAAUGGUGUCAUGAUUAUUUGUUAUGUAAAUAUGGUCUUAUAUAUGGAGUAUAUGAUCAAUGAUAAAUGUCUAGACUAGUAAAUAAAUUAGGCUGUCAAUUAUAAUACUACAGCAUAAUCAGGAUUUUAUCAAGAAGGCUUAACUUAUGUAGGCUUAAUGCUUGCAGGAAUAUAGUUAUUGUUUGACCAGAUGUUUUAUCUAUCAAUAAAAAAUGUGCUCUUGUAUAUCUUUUCUAAGAUGAAAUGCAAAAAAAGUUUAAAAAAGUCAACAAAAGUUUAAAUAGAAACAGUAACUAUUACUAACCUGAAUCAAGAAAAUCAGAAACAAAAUAAUCAAAAUAAUGUAGCACCGCCAAAAUUAAAUGAUUAGGCAGAAGUAUUAAAGAUAACACCUAUCGCUCCGUAAGAACCAUUUAAUAUGGAUAUCUUUGCAGAUAAAUGUAAGAAAGAAGAAACAAAGAACUUUGAGAAAUAAAAGACAGAAUCGAGCAAAUUAAAAUAUACUAAUUGUUCCAUUUCAAAAUAUCAAGAUGAUGGAUAGAAUAUUUUUUUAACACCUGUUUUUAUUUUAGGGAAAAGCACAUAUAAAAUGUAAAAUGAUAUUGAAAAUAACUUAUAAUAAAAUCAGUUAAUUAGUUUAGACAAUUAAUAAGGGAUUCUUCCUUCAAGCUAACCAAAAUACAAAGACCAAUAUAAUGAUAUUGAAGAUAAAAAGAAUAUUGAUGAUAUAAAACAAUAUAAAAAUAGAAGGCAAUCAGAAAUUUUAUAACCUCCUGAAGCUCCUUUACCUCCUGAGCAGAGUGAAAAAUCUCAAUUUUCUACUCUAAACUUGGAUAAAAUUUGA